CCAACAUCCGACACAGCGGGUGCAGGAGGAUGGCCCUGAACUCUCAGGGUGAGGGGUUUUCAAAGGGAAAAACUUCAGACAGGGUGGUAUAAGCCUUGGUAUCAUAUGAUUGGGUGAGGGUAUGUAACCUUUGAAUUUACUGGUUGGGGGUUACAGUUAUCAUUUUAGGGGCAGGCCUGGAUAAGUCCCAGGCUUUGUCCUUGAACUGCCAUGGGGGCUGGCUGGCCUUGCACGUUCACAUUGACCCAUGCAUGUAGCUCUAAGUUGGUGAGGGGUCCCAGACAGUAAACAAAUGGCUGAACCUUGAACAGUCAAAGUAUGUGCAGAAAGGGAGCUACUGCAAGGACUAAGUCAUAUCCCUCCCAGAAACUGCUUGCUUGAGUCUCAGGAAACUGAAAUUGAGGCCUGACCUCUGAGAAAGGACUGAGCAGUCUCUUAUGGCGUCUGCUUGGUCCUUUCACUUGCACCAGUUACAGGCUCUCUGCUGGGCCUCCAGGAAAGCGUUCCUCUUCUGGUCUGGGUGGGAAAGGCAAGAUCAUCCAGAGUUUACCAGAGCGUUUGAUGACGGUGAGUUAGUUCAGGGCAAGCUGCUGGAAGCAGUCAUGGGCGGGGCAGCGCCUCUAACAGCCAGACAGCUUCAGCAGCAAGCAGCUGUGGUUGUGGGUAGCUGUGCAACUUCCUCGAGCCCCUGGAGUGUCGGAGUGGCUGCUGCCACCCUGGGGGCAGUCCGCCUGACUGUGGAUGACAGUCCUGCCCAGCAGUCAGGGCUCCUGGGAGAGAGCUAACACAGUCGGUGGAGAGUCAAACCACCUGAUCCCAGCACUCAGGACACAGUCUGCUCUACACUGAGAGGUCCAGGCUAGCCUGGGCUACCUAGUGAGACCCUGUCUCAAUAAAAUAAAACAAGAAUCAGGCUACUCUGGCCCCCAGAAGGGAUGCUUACAAUAAAGACUUACCAUUAAUGUGAAAAGUACUUCAGCUGUAAUGAACAGUACCUUAGUAAUGCUCCGCUUCCACUCCAGGGAGAGCUGGGGCCUUCUAAUCUGUCUCUUGCCUGGGACCUUGUUGUGGACCCUGCUAGGAAUUCUAACAUUUUAUUACAUGUUAACAUUUAUUAAAACCCAACCCCGUGAAACUGACAAUAUUCAACCGUGUUUGACCUCACAGGUGGCCGGCCAUUCAGUCUUUUUUUAUAACACCGGCCACUAGACAGCUCCUCAGCGAGGGGCGUGGCCUGGAGAGCACCUCUCCCAUCUAUGCAAAUUUGGGCCGGCACAGUUUCAAGAGUUCCAGUCUGUCGUUUCUUUUUACAAUCAAUAAAAAUAUUAAAUAUAAACCACCCUGUGGAGAUGGCCCAGUGGGUACUGGGUUCAGAUCCACAGCCCACUAAGGGCCAUGUGCCCUGCUUAGGUGGGGCAGAGGUAGGUAGAUCCCCCGGGACUCCGGGCCACCCGGCUCUAACAGUGGGUGAGCUCCAGGGUCAGUGAGGGGCCCUGUUUCAAAAAAUAAGGUGGAGAACAAUGGAGGAUGACACAUGACCUCUGGCCGCUGCAUGCUCGUGCAUGGGCUAGUGUGCCUCACACACACGUGCACACACACAUGCAUGCAGCACACGCACAAAUGAGUAUUUAAAUUAAUUAAAACAUUCGUAUUUUUUCCCCACUUAACCAUAGGAGAAAGUAGGUCUCAACAUAAAUUUAGAGACUAAGCUUGAUUUGAGGGAAAAAAAUCCCCAAACCCAACAACUUUCUAUGUAAGAUUUACUAGGGAAAAGGGUUAGAAAGAUAAAUUUCAAUCUAUACCAUGGAAAGAAUGAUGGAUUUGUGAGGGUGACUCCGUUUUCUGGGUGACCUUGAAUGAGCCUUUGCUCAAAGUCAGUUUUCUAUUUUGAAAAACGCAACUGGCUGUUGAAGGAUCCAGCAGGGAGCCUGGCCCAGAAAAAGGCACUGUGAAUGGUGGGUGAGCCCUGCCUAAUCAGGGCCCAUUCUAAACCCGCAUCUGCAAGCUUUGCGAAGGAUGCGUCGCUCACGGCCACUAGAGGUUACAGGAGUAGCAGUGACGAUGGCUUGGAAAAGACCCACAAGUUGAAACAAAAUCCCGAGGUUCUGCAGCCCUUAGGCCUGAGACCCCCCCAUCUUCAAGCCAGGCCAGGGCGCGGGGUGCAGGGAGAGAGGCGCCAGGACGAGCGCCCCAGCCCGCAGGAAGGGGCGGGUUGUCCUGGCAACCCUGGACCGAGCCUUGCAGGCGGUGGCAUGCGCCCGUGCUUUCGCUUCGCAUCCUGGCAUUCGGCAGUUCGGCUGCCGGUUGGAGCGUUGAUCGGGGCCAUAUCCUCCAUGGAGUCCUCCAAGGGGAGCCCAUGAGCGCUGGAAACGGCAAACCUGGCUGCCAGCUUCCUUCCACUUCAAGAGCGGCCUGUGCUAGAGAGCUGGAGAAGGUUCCAGAGAAAAGUGACUUGGGCAUGACCAAGGUGGAAAGGAGAUACAAUGCCAAGCACGGUGAUGUUCUAGAAUCCAAGAGUUCUUUGGCCAACAAGAUGACCUCUGACAGAAGGGCCAGUCUUUCGUCUUCUGAUGAAGCAGGUCUGAGAGUCACUGAGCCCCCGGGACCACCCACUGGGGUGGUGAUUCACUCUGACACAGCUGCGGAGAUGGGUCAGAAGUCCUCCUCCUCCUCCUCCUCUUCCUCCUCUCCUUCUUCUGCACAGUCUAAUCGCUCCUCUGAAUUUUCACUGCCUGGAUUCCAGAAGGAAAAAUAUCCUGAGGAAUUCAGCCUGCUUAAGUCACAGACAAAAGAUGGGCAGCGUCCUGAGUGGACAUUUUAUCCAAGGUUUAGCAGCAAUAUCCACACCUACCACGUUGGAAAGCAGUGCUUCUUCAGUGGAGUCUUCCGGGGCAACAGGAGGUCUGUGGCAGAGCAGACAGUGGACAAGAGCCUUGGGAGGAAGAAAUAUGAUAUUGAUCCCAGAAAUGGAAUCCCAAAGUUAACACCAGGGGAUAAUCCGUACAUGCUCCCAGAACAGAGUAAAGAGUUCUUCAAAGCGGGAGCAAGUCUUCCACCUGUCAACUUUUCACUGGUUCCUUAUGAGAAAAAAUUUGAUACAUUUAUCCCAUUGGAGCCACUUCCACAAAUUCCCAACUUGCCUUUCUGGGAGAAGGAGAAGGCCAACAACUUGAAGAAUGAGAUCAAAGAAGUCGAGGAGCUAGACAACUGGCAGCCACCACCACCCUUUCUACACAGUUUUUUCUCCUCUGAGCAAGAGGACGAGACACCAAUGAAUAUGAUGGCCCAGAUGAUCCAGCAUCCAGAACAGCUUCAAGGCUACUGACUAAGAUGAUCCAGUCCAGUCUCACAGAAUACUCCAGUCAGAACUUAACCAUAAUCCUAAAUUUUCUCAGGGGUCCCUAUAAGAUUACCAGCACCCCCAAUCAGCCAGAAGUAGCCUAAAAAACUACACCUACAUACCCCCAAAAUGGAUUAUGGAUGUUUGUCUUUGUUUAGGGGGUUUGGUUACAAAUUGUUAUUGGUCAUAGCCAAUCUCUUUCUAAAAGAAGAAAGCGGGAUAUGAUACAGAAAUGAUGGGGAAAAGGGUAUAUUAUUAUGAUGAAAAAAAAGAUGGUAUGGAUUUUAGUUUAUUGAUAAAAAUUUAAAGUUAUUUCUGUUACUGUAUGUACAUUUUUACUCCUGUUUAAGAUAUUGUGUUUAUACAGCUCAAUUAAAAAUGUAAUGUAUAAUUAAGAAAUACAAAUUAAUAGUCAUCUAUAAUAGUCAAACUUAUAGUCAGGUUAGAUAUGUUUUCAAGUUAUACACAGAUAUAUUUAGAUAGAUGGUCUUCAAACACUUCAAAGACCUAUAGAAUAUGGCAUUUAAUAUGUUUAAUGACCUAAGGCUUUUCAUGACAAUGAGAUAUCUGCUCCUGGCAGCACUGGAGUUUACAUUCUUUGUGGCAAAAGUUAGCCAGUGGGCAAGAAACUGUCCUUGCCUUGACUGUUGACAGUAUGCUGUCCAAAUUAGACAAGCAGAACACAAAAGGAGGUGAUUGCUGAACUUUGCCAAGACAAAGUAGGACAGUACUUCAAAAUUUCUGCUUCACAGAUAAGUCUGUCAGAUAUUCUAGGCCUGCAGGCUGAAGAUGGAUGCCCCAAAGUUAGAGAGAAACCUUGGGUGACUGUCCAGGCAGCCUAACGUCUGUCAUUAGGUAACAUUUCAUCCUUUUGGGGGUCUUUGAUGGAGUUGAAGACUAGAUAGUCAUAGUUAUAAUUUUUUUAGUUAUGAUGAAAGAGUAAGUUAGAGAUAAAGUUUUAGACUCACCAAGAUAAUAUAAGAUGGUAAUUGAAUGUUUUCUCUAAUUUUGUCAAAUAAAAAUAGACUGGAUAUUGUAACUAUAA